AUGUCACCCAAAGUAUUAGUUCAAGAACCGGUCAAGCCGGAAGCGUCACUUGGUGCACAAGCCGCGGCAAAAGUCAGGACCGGUUCCAACGAUUUCAGUCGCAAGCCUCGCCCCAAUCUCGGGUGGGAUCCGUCGUCUUGGCAAUCCAAGCCUGUAACCCAGGACGUUUUGUACGGUAACGAGAAGGCUCUCGAAGCAGCUCUGGCUAAACUCGAAAGCCUGCCACCCUUGGUACAUGCCAAUGAGAUUGAAAAGCUGAGAACGCAGCUUGCUGAAGCAUCUCGUGGUGAGCGAUUCGUCUUGCAAGGCGGUGACUGCGCCGAGCUGUUCGAUUAUUGUAACCCAGAUCAGAUCGAAGCCAAACUCAAAAUCCUCCUGCAAAUGUCUCUGGUGCUAAUUUGGGGUACACACGUGCCUAUUUUGCGUAUUGGACGUAUUGCUGGACAGUACGCUAAGCCGAGAUCAAAGCUCACCGAGGUCGUGGAAGGCUACGGAGAAAUUUCAUCUUUCAGAGGCGACAACAUCAAUGGAUUCGAACCGUCUGAUCGUACGCCCGAUCCCAAGCGACUUGUAGAAUCUUAUUUCCACUCGGCAGCAACACUCAACUUUAUUCGGUCGUCCCUUACCAACGGGUUUGCCAAUUUACAUCACCCCAAUCACUGGGACCUCAGUCAUGUGCAGCAUGACGCUACAAGAGCACGCUAUCAAGAGGUCGUGGACAAGAUCUCUGAGGGCCUACAGUUCAUGAAGACAGUUGGCGACAAUAGCGAUGCUUUGAGCAGUGUUGACUUUUUCACAUCCCACGAAGCCUUGUUGCUAGAAUACGAACAGACAUUGACUCGUCAGUAUAAUGAGAAGUGGUACAACACCUCGGCCCAUUUCGUGUGGAUUGGUGACCGCACGCGUCAGCUUGAUGGUGCACAUGUAGAGUUCUUCCGUGGGCUGCGCAACCCCAUUGGAAUCAAGGUAGGACCCUCCAUGGAAGUCAGCGAGCUGGUUCAGCUACUGGACAUUGUUGAUCCUGAUUUCGAGGAUGGCCGAGUCACCUUAAUUACACGCUAUGGCGCAGACAAGAUUGAAUCCAAGCUGCCUGCCCAGAUUGAAGCUGUUCGCAAAUCAAAACACCGAGUGGUUUGGGUGUCUGACCCAUGUCACGGCAACACCAAGGUCUCGCCCAUCACGAAACUCAAGACGCGUUACGUUGACGACAUCAUGACCGAAUUAAAACACGCCCUGCGGAUUCACAAGUUACACGGCCAGGAACUCAACGGUGUUCACCUGGAACUGACUGGCGAUCCGGUGACUGAGUGCAUUGGUGGAUCGCAGAAUCUCGAGGACGAAGAAUUAACAGUUCGUUACGACACGGUAUGCGAUCCCCGCCUCAGUCUGUCUCAGAGCCUCGAUGUUGCAUUCUUAGUCGCCGAUUACGCGGCCUCUUUACAAUCUAUGUAG